GGGAGAGGCAAAGGAAGCACCGGAGAAAGGAAAGGAGGAGGGACCGAGGACUUAAUUAUAACCGAUUGGCGUGUGCGUGCGAGCGUGGCUCAAAGCCAAAAUUACAUUACAUUUGAAUUAUUGAUCUUAUUUUUAACCGAGAGGCCUGCUUAAGUUCAGCUCCUCUUUUCCUCCGUGACUCCCUGCAUCGUUACUCAAGGCCUCCGUGGUGAUAUCUGAGGCGGGCUGCCGGCGGUGUGUGGACCUCGCCAGGCGUGGAAGGAAAGUGCGUUAUUGUUAGUUGACGCUCAUCAUCAUCAUCACCACCCUCCUCCUCCUCCUCCUCAUCCUCUUCCGGCCUGCUGAGAAGCGAAGCCGGGAGCUGGAGUUUGCCACGGAGGACUCACCAUGGCGGUAAACCUGGAUAAGGAAGCCUACUACCGACGGAUCAAGAGAUUUUACGGCAACUGGAAGAAAGGAGACGAUGAGUUUGGCAAAGUUGACGCCAUCGUGGUGUCUGUGGGAGUGGACGAGGAAAUCGUGUACGCCAAAUCCACGGCCAUACAGACGUGGCUGUUUGGCUACGAGUUGACGGACACCAUCAUGGUCUUUUGCGACACCAAAAUCAUUUUCCUCGCCAGCAAGAAGAAGGUGGAUUUCCUCAAACAGGUUGCUAUAACUAAAGGCAACGAGAACGCCAACGGUGUGCCGCCCAUCACUCUGCUCACCAGAGAAAAGAAUGAAAGCAACAAGGCCAACUUCGACAAGAUGAUCGAGGCGAUCAGAGGCAGCAAGCAGGGCAAGACUGUGGGGUUCUUCAGCAAAGACAAGUUCCCCGGAGACUACAUGAAGAGCUGGAACGACACCAUCACCGCCGAGGGGCUGGAGAAGGUGGACAUCAGCGCUGUGGUCGCCUACACGAUGGCGGUGAAGGAAGACGGCGAGCUGGCGCUGAUGAAGAAGGCCGCGGCCAUCACCAGCGAGGUUUACUCCAAGUUCUUCAAGGAGCGCGUCAUGGAGAUAGUGGAUGCAGAUGAGAAAGUGCGCCACAGUAAACUGGCCGAGUCGGUGGAGAAGGCCAUCGAGGAGAAGAAGUACCUGGGGGGUGCAGAUCCUUCCACGGUGGAGAUGUGUUACCCCCCCAUCAUCCAGAGCGGCGGGAACUACAGCCUCAAGUUCAGCGUAGUCAGCGACAAGAACCACAUGCACUUCGGUGCCAUCACGUGCGCUAUGGGGAUCCGCUACAAGUCGUACUGCUCCAACCUGGUGCGCACCCUCAUGGUGGACCCCCCCCAGGAGAUGCAGGACAACUACAACUUCCUGCUGCAGGUGGAAGAGGAGCUGCUGAAACAUCUCAAACACGGUGUGAAAAUCAGCGACGCCUACAACGCCGUUCAGGAUUACGUGAAGAAGGAGAAGUCGGACCUCGUUUCAAAGCUGACCAAAAACCUCGGCUUUGCAAUGGGGAUUGAGUUCAGGGAAGGAUCCUUGGUGUUGAACGUUAAAAACCAGUACAAACUUAAAAAAGGCAUGGUGCUGAGUAUCAGUUUGGGUUUCGCCGACCUCGUGAAUAAAGACGCCAAGAAAGACGAGCAGAAGAAGUACGCCUUGUUCAUCGGCGACACAAUACAGAUCAAUGAGGAAGAGGCUGCUACGAUACUCACGCCUGUGAAGAAAAAGAUCAAAAACGUGGGGAUCUUCCUGAAGAACGACGACGAGGACGACGAGGAGGAGGACGGGGACGACGCGGAGGAGCUGCUGGGGAAGGGCGCUCGCAGCGCCGCGCUGCUCGCAGACAGAACCAGAAACGAGCUGACGGCGGAGGAGAAGAGGCGGGCCCACCAGAAGGAGUUGGCCAAUCAUUUGAACGAAGAGGCCAAGCGCCGGCUGACGGAGCGGCAAGGAGAGCAGCAGAUUCAGAAGGCCAGAAAAUCCAACGUGUCCUAUAAGAACGUGUCUCAGAUGCCGAGAGAAAAGGACAUCCGAGAAAUGAAGAUCUUCAUCGAUAAGAAGUACGAGACGGUCGUCAUGCCCGUGUUUGGCAUCGCCACGCCGUUCCACAUCGCCACCAUCAAGAACAUCAGUAUGUCUGUAGAGGGAGACUACACCUACCUGAGGAUCAACUUCUACGUGCCGGGCAGCUCUCUGGGGCGGCAGGAGGGCAACAUCUUCCCCAACCCCGACGCCACGUUCGUCAAAGAAAUCACGUACCGGGCGUCCAACCUCAAGACCCCCGGCGACCCGUCGGUGCCCUCCACCAACCUGCAGAACGCCUUCCGCAUCAUCAAGGAGGUGCAGAAGCGCUACAAGACGCGGGAGGCGGAGGAGAAGGAGAAGGAGGGCAUCGUCAAGCAGGACUCGCUGGUCAUCAACCUCAACCGCAGCAACCCGAAGCUCAAGGACCUCUACAUCCGGCCCAACAUCGCCCAGAAGAGGAUGCAGGGCUCCCUGGAGGCGCACACCAACGGUGGGACGCAGCGCCUCUCGGGGGGGGGGGGGGAAAGGAGACUCGUUCCUGAUCCACCCGCCAGCUCCAGGGCCCGGUCCUCGCCUCACCAGCACAUGCACGACCGCGACGACCUGUACGCCGAGCAGAUGGAGCGGGAGAUGAGGCACAAGCUCAAGUCGGCCUUCAAGAACUUCAUCGAGAAGGUGGAGACGCUGACCAAAGAGCAGCUGGAGUUCGAGGUUCCCUUCAGAGACCUCGGGUUCCAGGGCGCCCCCUACAGGAGCACCUGCCUGCUGCAGCCCACCUCCGGCUCGCUGGUCAACACCACGGAAUGGCCGCCGUUCGUGGUGACGCUGGACGAGGUGGAGCUGGUCCACUUUGAGCGCGUGCAGUUCCACCUGAAGAACUUCGACGUGGUCAUCGUCUACAAGGACUACAACAAGAAGGUCACCAUGAUCAACGCCGUGCCCGUCAACUCCCUGGACCCCAUCAAGGAGUGGCUCAACUCGUGCGACAUCAAGUACACGGAGGGCGUCCAGUCCCUCAACUGGACCAAGAUCAUGAAGACCAUCGUCGAUGACCCGGAGGGCUUCUUCGAGCAGGGGGGCUGGUCCUUCUUGGACCCGGAGAGCGAGGGGAGCGGUGCGGAGGAAGACUCCGAGUCGGAAAUGGAGGACGAAACCUUCAACCCGUCUGCAGACGAAGAGGAGCAGGAGGAGGAAGACAGUGACGAGGACUACGACUCGGACACGGAGGACUCGAAUUACAGCGGCGAGUCGGAGGGCAGCGAGGAGGAGAGCGGCAAAGACUGGGACGAGCUGGAGGAGGAGGCCAGGAGAGCUGACAGAGAGAGCCAGUACGUGGAGGACGACACCACCGCCGCCCCCGCCGCCAACAACAGCAACAACAAGAAGAGGAAGGUCCGACCUUCGGCCCCCAGCAGCGCGCCCAGCAAGAAGAAGAGGCGGUCCUAAACUGUCACACACACACACACACACACGUACUGCCAAACCUAGUCGACCCCUCCCUCGACCCCAACUGGCUCUUGUGACUCGUACACUGAAGACAAACUGCCCCCAUGUGUACAUAGACGUAGACCCCCCACACACACACACACACACACACACACACAUCUUGUCAGCCAGUGAGGUGUCAUGUUGAAAAAGAAAGAACCAGCCGGGCACACACACACACACUCUCUCCAUUCAUUAGCUUGCCCCUCCACCCCCCUUCACUUGUUUUUUUGUUUUUUGCUUCUCCAUCCAUCAAUCCAUCAGGGUGUGUGUGUGUGUGUGUGUGUGUGUGUGCACACGCAUGUUCAAAUGGGGUUUUAUUGCAAACAUUUUUUUUUUUUUUGUCCUUUUUUGAGACCGAUUAGUUUCUGAUGAAGAAAAGACUUAAAAUAUCCUGUUUUUGUAUAAAAACUGAGACUCUACACCUCCGUUGUCUUUGUUUCACUUCCCCGCGUCUUUUCCUUCGUGUUUGUUCCGUUGUAAUAAGAUUGAACAUAUUCUUUUAUUGAUUGGGGGCCGAUAGUUUUUUUUUUUUUUUUUGUAAUGGUUUGUAAACCUUUGCGCAGACACACACGUCGCCUCCCUCACACUCGUCCUCGGAUCUUUUUGUUAAUUUUGAGUAGGUUUGUUGUACUGUUGAUUCUGAAAAUCUUGUUUUUGUAAUAAAAUUAAAACGAACUUUG